GGCCUUAUCUACUUCCUCUCUUGCUUACUUCAGAAACCGAACCAGAUUAUCAUUCAUCAGCAUCAGCUGCAUCUCUCCACUGCCAUUUUCACCUCGACAGAAUCCUACCCUCAAUAUCAUACAGUUUCUCUUCUUCCAUCAUGACACUUCCCUCAUCUACAAAUCCAGUGAAAUUAGUGCUUUCAUACUUUGCAGAUGGGAACAAAAGGGAAAGAAGUGCUUAUUUUAAUUCACCAGCACUGGAUAUUUCUGUGGCAUUUCCUCAAGCAACUCCAGCAUCUAUAUUUCCUCCUUGUGCUUCAGAUUAUUAUCAGUUUGAUGAUCUAUUGACUCCUGAGGAGCAGGCUCUCCGCUUGAAAGUAAGAGAAUGUAUGGAAAAAGAAGUAGCUCCAGUAAUGACAGAGUACUGGGAGAAGGCUGAGUUUCCAUUUCACGUUGUUCCGAAGCUUGCCGCCUUGAGAAUUGCUGGUGGAACAAUCAAGGGUUAUGGUUGUCCUGGUUUGUCCAUCACUGCCAGUGCUAUUGCUACAGCAGAGGUUGCUAGAGUUGAUGCGAGCUGUUCUACUUUCAUUUUGGUGCAUUCAUCCUUGGCAAUGCUUACAAUUGCAUUGUGCGGUUCGGAAUCACAGAAGCAGAAGUAUUUACCUUCUUUGGCUCGGUUUAACACUGUGGCUUGUUGGGCCUUAACAGAGCCUGACUAUGGAAGUGAUGCGAGUGCUUUGAGAACAACUGCAACAAAGGUUGAAGGGGGUUGGGUACUCGAGGGUCAAAAGCGCUGGAUAGGAAACAGUACAUUUGCCGAUUUGUUAGUUAUUUUUGCUAGGAAUACUUCGACAAGUCAAAUAAAUGGAUUCAUAGUAAAAAAGGACGCACCAGGAUUAACAGCUACAAAAAUACAAAACAAAAUUGGGCUGCGUAUGGUACAGAAUGGAGAUAUUCUCUUACAAAAAGUCUUUGUCCCUGAUGAGGACUGGUUACCAGGCAUCAAUUCGUUUCAGGAUACCAAUAAGGUUCUGGCUGUCUCACGUGUGAUGGUAGCCUGGCAGCCGAUUGGUAUAUCAAUGGGCAUCUAUGAUAUGUGUCACAGGUACCUUAAAGAGAGAAAACAGUUUGGAGCACCGUUGGCAGCUUUUCAAAUCAAUCAACAGAAACUUGUUCAGAUGUUGGGUAAUGUUCAGGCAAUGGUGCUUGUUGGCUGGCGUCUCUGCAAAUUGUAUGAGAAGGGUAAAAUGACUCCAGGUCAAGCCAGUUUGGGAAAGUCAUGGAUCACCUUGAGGGCAAGAGAAACAGCAGCCCUUGGGAGAGAAUUACUUGGUGGAAAUGGAAUUUUGGCCGACUUUCUAGUUGCAAAGGCAUUUUGUGAUUUGGAACCCAUCUACACAUAUGAAGGCACUUAUGACAUCAACAGCUUGGUGACUGGUAGGGAAGUUACUGGACUUGCCAGUUUCAAGCCAGCAAUGCUGAACAAGCGGAGCCGCCUGUAACAAUGAAGUUUGUUCUUGCUGUCUGAUCACGAGCGAAUUUGUUCAUCACCUAAAUAAUUGGUUUAGAGGGGUUGCCCUGUUACAGUAUAAUAUACCGAGCAAGCUGUAAUAAUCACAUAAAGAAAAAGUAGAUUAAGCUAAAUUAUUUCUUGUAUGGAACAGUACCCAAGUGAAAUAUAGAGUAAGAUAUCUCCUUGCUUUAUCAUGAUCAAUUGAUGCUAAAUUUUAGGCACUGUUGAUCACUGUUUAGAUUUGACACUGCCGCUGAUUUGAAGCCAAGAUCGACCAAAGUUUCAAAGUAUUCUAUUAUAA